CAUGGCUCUUACGGGGAAUGAGACCUCCGCUUGCCCCGAUUAUGUCCCCCAUUACCUCCUGGUGGGUGAUCCAUUUGCCUCCAAGCUGUCCAAGGAGGCUGACAUCGUGGCUGCCUUCUACAUCUGCAUCAUAGGGAUCCUGUCUGCCACAGGAAAUGGCUAUGUUAUAUACAUGACCAUCAAACGCAAGACAAAGCUAAGGCCGCCUGAGCUCAUGACAGUUAACUUAGCCAUCUUUGACUUUGGCAUAUCAGUCACAGGGAAACCGUUCUUUGUGGCGUCCAGUUUCUCCCACCGCUGGCUGUUUGGCUGGGAGGGCUGUCGUUUCUAUGGCUGGGCUGGCUUCUUCUUCGGUGUUGGCAGCCUCAUCACCAUGACCGUAGUUAGCCUAGACCGAUACCUCAAGAUCUGUCAUCUCAGAUACGGUACGUGGCUGAUGAGGCACCAUGCCUUCCUGUGUCUGGUGUUUGUCUGGCUCUACGCAGGCUUCUGGGCCACCAUGCCCCUGGUGGGCUGGGGCAGCUACGCUCCAGAGCCGUUUGGCACCUCCUGUACCCUGGACUGGUGGCUGGCCCAGACCUCCGUGGCGGGCCAGAGCUUCGUCAUGGCCAUCCUCUUCUUCUGCCUUAUCUUCCCCACCGGCAUCAUCGUCUUCUCCUAUGUUAUGAUAAUCUUCAAGGUCAACUCCUCAGCUAAAGAGAUCUCCCACUUUGACACCAGGAACAAGAACAGCCAUAGCCUGGAGUUGAAACUGACCAAGGUGGCGAUGUUGAUCUGUGCUGGUUUCUUGAUAGCGUGGAUCCCAUAUGCAGUGGUCUCAGUGGUGUCUGCGUUUGGCGAGCCCGACUCAGUGCCUAUCUCUGUCUCUGUGAUCCCCACUCUGCUGGCUAAGUCCUCUGCCAUGUACAACCCCAUCAUCUACCAAGUUAUUAACCUGAAACGCUCCUGUGCAAAAUCCUCCUGUUUCCAAGUCCUGAAGAAGUGUAGACAUUUUAAAAAGUCAAGGUUUUACACCAUUUCUGGCUCACUUAAAGACAGACCAUCCGUAAAAGAGUCUCACAGUGAAAUGUGAGAAAAAGACAGUGAUUCUCUCCUGUGAAAUGACUCUUGGUCUUUCCCCUCACCAGUCCAAUCACAACCCUGCUAUCAACUGUUAAGACAUUGACCACUGCUCACCACCCAGACCUACGCAACCCAGUCUUGCUGUAUCUAUGUUCCUGCUCCAAACAGCUCUCUGUACUCUCCUACCUCAUGUCCCUCUCUGUGUUUAUAGCUCAAGGCUGUGACCAAGAUGUUUUUUUUUACACUUUAUACAGAUUAUUUUGUAUUGUGUACUCGUGCACCUGUGACUUGCAUAGUUUGAAGAUAUUUAAACUUUUAUGUGCACCUGUAAGAUCUAAAGCGCUGUUCAGAAAGAGGUAUGAUAUACUCUAAAGAGAGCUGGAGGGACUGUG